UAAGUCCAACAAGAGAGAGUAAAAGAGCAUUGAAUGCAUUUUGCAACUUCUUUGGACACACACCACUUGCCUUUCUACUACUUCAGUUCUUCUACUGUUCAUUUCCUGCAUUCUCCAUCUUUUAUUUCUAUAUAUUAUUCCAUGUCUCAUCAUAACUGACCUCAUCUUUUCUUCUGAGUCAUCCUCACUUUUCCUUCUCUUUCAGCCAUGAAUCCAUCUGAAGAAUUUGUGGAACAUGGAAUGUCUCAGCAGAAUUUAAAGAGAACGUCCUGUGCAACCGUGCUCACUCUGGCUUACCAAAGUCUUGGCAUAGUUUAUGGUGACCUCAGUACUUCUCCUCUUUAUGUUUACAAGACCACAUUUUCAGGGAAAUUGAAACUCAAAGAAAAUGAUGAGGAGAUUUUUGGUGUGCUUUCGUUUAUCAUCUGGACAUUUACCAUCACUGCUCUCUUCAAAUAUGUUUUCAUUGUGAUGUCUGCUGAUGACAAUGGGGAAGAAUGCAGAAAUUUACUGUCAUUUCCUACCUUAACAUUGUAUGUUGAACAGUGGUUCACUUGUGCAGGAGGAACUUUUGCAUUAUACUCACUUCUCUGCCGGCAUGCAAGACUAAGCAUUUUACCUAAUCAGCAAGCCACGGAUGAGAAAUUAACUGCUUAUACCACCCAAGAUUCUGAAGACACGUGGCUUUCUUCUCAUUUGAAGUUGUUCAUUGAAAAGCACCCAAGGUUCCAAAAAGGACUGUUGAUCUUCGUUCUGCUAGGAACGUGUAUGACAAUUGGUGAUGGUGUGAUUACACCUGCAAUAUCAGUUUUUUCAGCAGUUUCGGGAGUUCAAGUUAAGAUCAAAGAACUCCAUGACAAUUAUGUUGUCAUAAUCUCAUGUGUCAUUUUGGUGGUCCUUUUCUCCAUUCAACAUCAUGGAACACAUAGAGUUGCUUUCAUGUUUGCCCCAGUAGUAGCUGCAUGGCUUUUGUGUAUAAGUGGUAUUGGUAUCUACAACAUAUUCCACUGGAACCGGCAAAUAUACCGUGCACUUUCUCCAUUCUACAUGUUGAAGUUCCUCAAAACCACUGGUCUUGAAGGUUGGAUGUCAUUAGGUGGAGUUGUCCUUUCAAUCACAGGAGUGGAGGCAAUGUAUGCUGCUUUGGGUCAUUUUUCUGCACUCUCAAUAAAGGUAGCUUUCACAUGUCUAGUGUAUCCCAGCCUGAUUUUUGCAUACAUGGGAGAGGCUGCAUUUCUCUCUAAGCAUCAUCAUGCUAUUCAGGGCAGCUUCUACAAAGCCAUACCAGAAACUGUAUUUUGGCCAGUUUUCGUAGUUGCCACUUUCGCAGCCAUUGUUGGUAGUCAAGCAGUGAUUUCUGCCACCUUUUCCAUUGUAAGCCAGUGUUGCGCAUUGAAUUGUUUUCCUCCGGUUAAGAUUGUUCAUACUUCAAGCAGAAUAUAUGGACAGAUUUAUGUCCCAGAAGUCAAUUGGAUACUGAUGUGUCUUUGUUUAGCUGUCACAAUUGGCCUUAGGGAUAUAGACAUGAUGGGUCAUGCGUAUGGACUGGCUAUAACCACUGUAAUGUUUGUGACAACAUGCUUGAUGACACUAGUAAUGGUCAUUGUUUGGAAGCAGGGAAUAAUAAAAGCCAUUAUGUUUUUGGUACUGUUUGGAUCAAUUGAACUGCUUUACAUAUCAGCUUCUUACUGCAAAAUCCCUGAAGGAGGAUGGAUCCCCCUUGUGCUAUCUUUUGCUUUUAUGAGUAUAAUGUUCACUUGGAACUAUGGAACAAUGAAGAAACAUGAAUUUGAUGUGGAGAACAAGGUUUCAAUGAGCAAGAUACUGUCCUUGGGACCAUGCUUAGGAAUGGUCCGUGUCCCAGGAAUAGGAAUCAUUUUCAGUAAUCUGGCUUCAGGUGUCCCUGCUAUUUUUGGUCACUUCGUCACAAACUUGCCAGCAUUCCAUCAGGUGUUAGUUUUUGUUUGUGUCAAAUCAGUUCAAGUUCCUUGUGUCAAUGACAAUGAACGGUUGGUGAUAAGCAGGAUUGGCCCAAAGGAGUACCGAAUGUUUUGUUGCAUUGUCAGGUAUGGUUACAAGGAUCUGCAACAAGAGAACUACAAUUUUGAGAAUAAAUUGGUAAGUGCAAUAAUCCAAUUUGUAGAUAUAGAGGAAAGUGAUCCUGCACCAACCCCGGAAGAAUUGUGUAUGGAUGGUGGAAACUUAAGUAUGGAACACCUUGCCGUUUCACCAUACACUUUGAAUAAUUCCUGUUACAUAGAGAAAAGUUUCCCAUUUUCAUGUGUUUUACGAGUGAAGAAGAAUGAAAAUGAUCAUCUUCAAGAGUCUCCUUAUAAAGAUGAAUCUAUGCAGAUUUUAAGAGCCAAGGAGUCUGGUGUUACCUAUAUACUUGGUCAUUCCUAUGCAGAGGCAAAGAAAUCAUCCUCUAUUCUAAAGAAAUUUGCCAUAGAUGUUGUUUAUGCUUUUCUAAGCAAAAAUUGCAGAGACCCUGAUGUUUACUUGAACGUAGCACAUACUUCUCUGCUAGAAGUUGGUAUGGUUUACCAUGUCUAACUCUAACAAUUUCACUAAGGUAUUUGCAUAGAAGAACAUAGUCAUUUUGUAAAUGUUGUUGAUUAAGAAAACAUUGACAUUGACUUCUGCAAAGAAGUUAUCAAGAUCAAUCAGUUGUAGAUUUUACACCAUUGAGCUCUAGGUGUUCAUGAUUCUGUAUCUAAGAAACCAAUUUAAAAAUUUGUUUCAUUCAAGGAAAGUAGAAUACACACAGGUACA